UAUCUGAUUUUGUUUUUUAAAGCUAUCAACAUUAUAUUUAUUUUUAUUGUGAAAUCCCAAGCUCCUUUGGCUUUUCUUUGGUCAAAAGAACAAGUAGUAUUAUUAAUGGCAGAUGUAACUCUGCCAAUGCCAAUCGGUAUCAAGAAAAUGGCAACCAAUUAUUUGGAGAUCAAACUUCGUCCCUAUAGGACCUCAGAUGUUGAUGACUUCCUCAUCUACGGUGGUGAUGAUAGAGUGACAAGGUUCACUAGGUGGAACACUUUCACUUCCAAGGAAGAAGCACUUUUUUACAUCAACACCUUCUGCAUUCCCCACCCUUAUUGCAGAUCCCUAUGCAUCAAUGACCGUUCGAUCGGAUUCAUGAUCAUCAUGCCACGAGAUGGUGAUGACAAGUGUAGGGCCGAAGUUGGCUAUGCCUUGGCUGCUGAGUACUGGGGCCAAGGCAUAACAACUAGAGCUCUUAAGAUGGCUACUUCUGAUGGCUUUAGAGAGUUCCCAGAUUUGACCAGAAUGCAAGCUUCGGUUGAAAUAGAGAACAAGGCUUCUCAAAGGGUCUUGGAAAAAGUUGGGUUUCGAAAGGAAGCUGUCCUAAGGAAGUAUACCAUUAAUAAAGGUCAAAUAAGAGAUAUGGUCAUGUAUAGUCUUUUGUCUAGUGAUCUUAUAUCUUGUUGAAAUGUCUAUUUAUAGUUGUUUGAAAGUUUCAAGAUUGAUUUUAUUCCUACAUUUGUUGUACUUUAUGUAUUUGAAAUUUCAAUAUGGAACUUUAUCUUUUUCUUGCA